AUGAGUAAAAUACAAUUUUUCUGCCUUUUUUUAACUUUUUUUGGAAUAUGCCUAACAUCUUCUUAAUUUAGAAUCAAUUCUAAUGGGCUUAGCUAUCAAGAGUAGCUUAAAGAAAUAACUAGAAGACUUGAGGACCAGAGAUAUAAUUAAUAGAAAGAUUUCAAAUUCUUUCCUCCUUAAUUUUAUGAAAUGAAGGGUCUAUACUCAUCGAAUAUACACGGUAAUGCUAUGGAUAAAAACAACACCUUUUUUUACCACCUUAUUAGAGAGUAUGUUGGAUGCCCUGAUAGUAAUAUGUUUGUCACAAAUUUCGUUUUGUCUGCUAUGCUAGAUUGUGCAGAACUAGGAACUAUUGAAAUAGACUAAGAAAAGUUUGAAGAAAGCAUAGACGCAAUUUUACAAUUCAGAGAUAAAAAUUAGAAAGAAGGUAUUCCAUCUUAUUCAUUUUGGAAGCAGAACUAUAAGAAUGGAACAUGGUAUUCAUACCCAUAAAAUCUUUAAAAAGUAGCUGAAAUGAUCAAAAUAAUGCCUGAUUGGGCAAAGAAACUUUUAAUUAAGUUAGGUUUACCUUUUGUAGCAGUGGCUGAUAAAAUUGCAGAUGCCUUUCAUUUACCACCCGAUGCAGAUGAUUCUUCUGUAAAUAUUGCUCUAGGAAUAAGAAUUAUGAACUCUCCUUUGAUUAGAUAAUCUAUCAAAGAAAAGUGGAUUAAAUCAAACCAUAAUCUUUAAGAAUAUUAUCAAUUACUUAAAAAAUACUCUUAUAAGCCUUUUGAUGUUUCAAAUUCAUCUGUUAAUACCCUUGAUGUGAGAACUUACUUUGCCUUUCAUAAUUACCUUCAAACUUUAAAUAAAACAAGCAACUUUUCUGUUUUCACAACUUGGAUUAGAUCUACUGAUGACUAAAUUCCUUCAAUGAUUGAAAUUCCAGGAAACACCAAUAAUUUUGAUUGCUCAGUUAUCAGCAAUACCCUAUUCGGAUUGCACAAUAUAUUGCUUAAUUCAAACUAGACAGUUGUUAAUGAAAUAUUUGAUGAAGAACUUCAAGGUUUGUAUUUAAAUUCUACCAACGUGAUUAUCUAUGCGAUAGAUAGCUAUAUCUCUAAGAGCCACCCUGAUAUUGCUUUCCUUUAUUAUCCUUCAGUCUAUGAUUUUUACUGGUUUGUUGCUAGAAAUGUGCACUUACUCAACUCAAACUAUGAUAAGAUACCAAACUAGCUAAUCAAAGAUGUUGUUGAUGCUCUUAACAAAUCUAUGAAAAACUAAGGAACUAUUUACAUUCUAAAUAACACAUUAGCAGAUAAAAAUGGAAAUCUUUACUGGUAGGAGUUCCUAGGUAUUUAUAACAAUAAAACAUAUCAUGAAGAUGAGACAUUUUCUACAGUAAUGGCUCUAAAUGCUUUGAUUGAUAUUUGGACAAUUUCAAAGACAGAUGAAAAUGGUAAAGUAAAAAGAAUAUUCGAUUCAUAAACACCUCAAAAUGUUACAACCACUAUCUAAAAAGGAAUGUAAACUCUAUUAAAGAAAAAUUCAUUUUCUAAAAGUAACUAAAAUGCUUUUUUUUCAGGAAGCUUUAAAUCUUUAAACACUUUAUCUAUCUAUCCUAUGAAUGUUAAUCAUUACCUGAAUGGAACUGAAUUUGAUCCCCACACUGCAGAUUUUAUUGCCUUACAAUAAGUAAAAGGAGUAAAGGGUAUUAUAGAUGAAAAAGAAUACUAAGAAAUGCUCAAAUAAAAAUGGUUUAAUUUAAAUGUUAUUGAGGAAUUUACGGGUUAUAAUUCAUAAAUUCUAUCAUAUCCAUAUUGGUCAUCUCCAGCAAUUACUUAUAGUAUGGGUGCAUCAUUAAUAAGCAAAUACCAAUCCUUAUAAAGCAACGAUUGA